AUGAAAGGCUUGGCAGAUAAAUAUAAUCAUUACGGAGCUAUUUGCAACUAUUGUGGACAAAAAUGGUCAAGAGGAAAACUGGCAACAAUGGAAAGUCACUUGGCAUUACAUUGUGAAAAAGCUCCUGAAAAUAUUAGCACUAUGUUUCUUCAUUUAAUAGCUGAAAAGGCUGAAAGAUUUUUUCAAAAUGAUAGUCGUUUAUUAGAUAAAGAACUUGUAGUUAUCACAGUUAAUAUUAAUAAAUCUCUUAUAAAUCAACAUGAUUUAACCUUGGCUCUUGAUGGUUGGACAAAUCCAUUCAACAACUUAUUGUAUAAUUAUUUUAUUUCAAUACCAGACCAAAAAGAAUAUUUAAUUGCUAUUCAAGAUUAUUCUUUGGAUUCUCAAAUGGGUACAUAUAUUGCAGAUAAGAUUAGUACGAUUAUAGAAAAAAUUGGAUCUUCAAAAUUUGCUGCUAUAGUAACUGAUGAUGGAUCUAAUGUUAGAGUAGCACGUCAAAUUAUCAAUGAAACUUAUUCACAAAUUAUGAAUAUUCGAUGCAUUACUUAUUGGUUUAAUCUAAUUUCAAGUGAUCUUGUCGAAAUUCCAUCAAUCAAACUUGCUUUAGCAAAUGCAAGUAUGAUUAUAACAUUUUUCAAGAAAUCCCAUAUUGCAAGCCGUUUACUUCGUGAUGAAAUAAAAAUUAUGAAUAUUCAAGGUAAAAAUUUGGAGCAAUUUAUUAAAACAAGAUGGGUUUCAGCAUUUAAUACUGCAGAUUCAUUAAUCUGUAUUAAACCUGUAUUUGACAAAAUUCUUGAAGAAAAUCAUAGUACAAUAACAAAUAAUACAGUUUACAAAUUACUAAAAGAUGAUGAAGAAAUAUUUUUUAGUACUUGUCGACAUAUUAUUACAAUAUUUUAA